GUUAAACAAACACAGUCUAGAUCUGCGACUUUGAGGCGUCGCUCGUCGGCUCUGCGCAAAGCUGAAAAAAAAAAAAAAAAAAAAGCGAAAGAAAAGCUGAAUCUGGUCUUUGUUUGGCUCUCUGUUUUCCUCUCUCUGUCUUCUCGCUCGGCUUUGAUCCGCGGCUCAGUUUCAGCGCCGAUCCACUUCCAACUUCCAUCUCUCCCUCCAUUUUUCCUUUUUCUCUUCGCGCUCUCUCUCUCUCUCUCUCUCUCUUUUUCUCUGAGAUUCUCUGCUGCUUCUGCUUCUGCUGGUAACGAAAUCGCUGUUGAUGCUGCUACUCUAUUAGUUCAUGCCGGAGAAGAAGUAAGCGGGCCGCUGUUCCAAUAUUAUUCGAUGCUGAAUAAGACCCUAAUUUAUUUCUUUGAGAAAUUUGGAUUUUCUUUUGUGGAAAUGAGAGUUUCGUAUAGUCCAAAAGCGAUCGUUUAGUUUUCUGUGGAAGUUAGUGGGUUGAUGGGAGUUGUGAGGCUCUCAAUUUGACAUGAAUUUUGGAGUUGGAACAGUAAGUGGAAAAGCAGCAAAUCAAAUGGACUGGGGUGUAAAUAACGCAUUCAAAACUUUCAAAGAUAUGGAACCAAAAUCUGUGAUGGACAUGGCAGUGAUUCCUAUGGAUCCAGUAGAUAUUGGAUUGGGUUCUUCAGAAAAAGGAAAUGCUAUUUCUACAGUGAAACCAAGAAAGAAGACAAUGACAUCAGUUUAUCUCAAGUUCUUUGAGACAGCUGCUGAUGGAAAAAGUCGCAGGUGCAAAUUUUGUGGACAGAGCUACUCUAUUGCCACUGCCACUGGUAAUUUGGGAAGGCACCUUAGUAAUCGGCAUCCUGGAUAUGAUAAGUCAGGGGAUGUUGUCGCUAAUUCAACUCCACAGCCUAUAACUGUAGCCAAGAAACCUCCAUCUCAAGGGAAAGCACCUCAUGUGGAUUAUGAUCAUUUAAAUUGGUUGCUCAUUAAGUGGCUCAUUUUAGCUUCUUUGCCUCCUUCAACAUUGGAAGAAAAAUGGUUAGCAAAUUCCUAUAAGUUUCUAAAUCCAUCAAUUCAACUCUGGCCUAGUGACCAGUAUAGAGCAGUGUUUCUUGAAGUUUUCAGAAGCAUGCAGGAAGAUAUAAGAGCAUCUUUGGUGCAGGUUUCUUCUAAAGUCUCUGUCACACUUGAUUUUUGGACUUCAUAUGAACAAAUUUUCUAUAUGAGUGUUACAUGUCAUUGGAUUGAUGAAAACUGGUCCUUUCAGAGGGUGCUACUUGAUAUCUGUCACAUACCUUACCCUUGUGGGGGUGCUGAGAUCUAUCACUCACUUUCUGAGGUCCUUAAGAUGUACAAUAUUGAAAAUAGAGUCCUGUCUUGCACUCAUGAUAAUAGUCAAAGUGCAAUCCAUGCCUGCCAUAGUUUUAAAGAAGAUUUAGAUCGUCAGAAGGCUGGGCCUUUCUGUUUUAUACCUUGUGCUGCUCGUACUUUGAGCCUGAUCAUAGACGAUGGUUUAAGAACUACGAAACCGAUAAUUUCUAAGAUCCGGGAGUUUGUAUUGGGUUUAAAUGCAUCCUCGGAGCUCUCAGAGGAUUUUGUUCGGUUAACAACAGCUUGUCAAGAAGGUAGUUGGAAAUUUCCGCUUGAUGCAUCAGCGCGAUGGAGUGGCAACUAUCAGAUGCUUGAUAUUGUGCGCAAGGCUGGCAAGUCCAUGGAUGCUGUUAUCAUGAAGUAUAAGGAGACACUUGGCAGUAGGAUGCUACUGAGCUCUGCAGAGAAAAAUGCUGUCAGUCUUGUGCAUGAAUAUCUGGAGCCCUUCUACAAAACCACAAACAAUAUAUGCACGAACAAGGUGCCUACAAUUGGGCUGGUUCUCUUCUUCAUGGAUCACAUUUCUGAGAUGAUUGCUGCCUGCAGAGAAACUCGUCACUAUCCAGACUGGCUAAAGAAUUCUGCUGAAGAUAUGGCGAAAAAGGCCAGGAGUUACAAUAACCAGGUUUGCAACAUAUUCACCUACAUGACAGCAAUUCUUGAUCCUCGAAUCAAAGUAGAGUUAAUUCCCGAGAGCCUUAACUCAGAGAAUUUUCUUGAGGAAGCGAGAACCCAUUUCAUAAGAAAUUACUCGACCAGCCAUUUCCCAUCCAUGACUGGUGGAUAUGGUGCUCAAGAGAUUGAAGAUGGGGGUAGUGUCUCUUUUGCUGAGGAAAUUGCAAGAAAGAAACGAAGGGCAAGUAUGAGUAGUGCUACUGAUGAGCUCACUCAGUAUCUGUCAGAGCCUCCUGCUCCAAUACCAACAGAUGUUCUGGAGUGGUGGAAGGUAAAUAGUACACGCUACCCCCGCCUUUCUGUAAUGGCUCGAGAUUUUUUGGCUGUGCAAGCAACUUCACUGGCGCCUGAAGAAAUUUUUUGUGGCAAAGGUGAUGAGAUUGUUAGGCAACGAUUUUGUAUGCCUCAUAACAGCACGCAAUCUCUUCUUUGUAUUAGAUCAUGGAUUCUAGGUGGCAUGAAAUUGAAGUUUAAAUCAACUGAAAUAGACUAUGAAAGAUUGAUGGAAUUGGCAACUAAUGCUGCAUCUGAUAACGGUCCUGUUGGGCCUGAAAAAAAACAGAAGUAGCUGGAAAAUGCACAUCUUUUGAAGAUUUGCUGAAGAAACUUGAAGCUCGAGGACCUUAAGCCAGAAGGAAAUGGAUGCCGAUUGCAAUGUUCUCACCUCGACAUGGGUCCUUUUUUUUUUUUCUUUUAUUUAUUUUCAUUUUUAUUUUUUAUUUUCCUUCCAUUAGAAGUGGAAGAAGGGUGUUCAAUUAGUUUAAUUUCCAAAUUAUGUUGUAUGUAAUAUGUGAGAAGCUUCUAUUUAUUUUGGAUGUACAGAUUUGUGAGAAUGCUAACCAGACAGAUAAAUGUAUGUAGCUUGGCAGAUUUGUGGCCAGCACUAACAAUUUCUAGGUCUUACAUGAAUGCUUGAGGUGAUAUAUAUUUUUUUCUUUAUUUUUAUUUU